AAUGAAAAACAGAUAAUCUGGUAUUCCAUAUGAAAAAUGGAAUGAGAAACAUCAAGUAUAAACCAGUAGACUAUCAACAGUUGCAUGCAUUAACGGAAGCAAAAAAAUUAGCUUCUGCCUCUACAGAGCUAAAGAUCAGGAAAGCAGUGGAGACUUCAAAGAUAUCUAAGGAACAAACACUACUAAAACAACACAAGCAAGUGUGGUGGCAGGAACACCAACGGCUAACUGAUGUCAGAUGUAAAGUGGAAUCUGAAAUAAAAUCCUUUCUCUGUGAAGAAAACAUUGGAAAUGAAUGUCUUUCUGACCUUCUAAAUUUUGAACAAGAGUUAUCAGAACAGUGGUGCACAUAUCUUAAGAAUGUGAUAAAUCCUAUUCAGCAAUUGAGAGCAGAUCUAAAAUACAGACAGCAUCACAUUUCACAGUAUUCAUGCUCACAUAUUGAGCUUAACUCGGUGCAAGUACUGGAAGAGAUUGACUUCGUGAAGAAACAAUUGAAAGCUGUCUUCGAAAGUCUUAGUCUGGAGCAACAGAAAAUAGAAAAUUAUCUUUCAGACUGGAGUAUGAAGUUACUAGAUUAUUCUUCAGAAGAAAGAAGUAACCUGCUUAGGGAACUGCCUGUGGAAUUAGAAAAUUUGGAAUGCCCAUUCCCUGAUUUGAAAUCUUCAAUUCUUCAUGAGUUCUGUAACUUUACAGAGAAUUAUCAAAAGAAACUUCAAGAUGUUGAUCUGCAGUUAGAAGACAUAUCCAGAAACUUCCAGUUAAGUGAAGAAGAACACUGGAUUUACCAGGCUGUUCUGGAUCAGUAUCCUGGAGAGCUCUGUAACAGAAGAACUCUGUAUCUGAACAUGUUACAAAGAUACUUUCCUCACAGAUCUAGGCAUGAUUUGGUGGAACAUGAGAAAUAUUGUGAUCAAUAUCGCUUUGCCAGGGAGCAGCGAAGGAUCCUGAUAUCAAAUUGGAAUAAGAACAGGAGAGACUUUAUCCAGAAGGCUGUGCUGACCCUCACUGAGGCCUGUGCAACACACGCAAUGGAGGACACUUUGGCUAAGGACAGGAGAAAGCAGCAGGAACUGUGUGCACUUCUGAAAGCCAAGGUUCUUCAAUGGCGAGCCCACCAGGAAGAGGUAGCACAAUUGGAAAUGGAAAUUUCUGCCAGAAGAAGAGAAAAGGAGAAGGAGAAAGAGAAACUUUGGAAGGAGAAGGAAUUGUUACAAAGAGCAGAGAAGAAAAAGAAAAUAAGAAAAUACUGGGCUAAAAAAGAACAGAAAUGGCAAGAAAUGGAAAUAAGAGAUCUUCAGCGUCUGGAAGAACUGAAGAAAUUAAUGGCUGAACAGUCAGUGAAAGACAGAGAAAGGGUUAAAUAUAGACAAGAAUUACUGGAAAAGCGUUUGAUGGAGAAAAAAGAAGUGGCCCUUCGAGACGCUCAUGAACAAGAGGAGAGAGAGAGACGUCUAGAAGCCCUUAGGAAACAGGUUGCUAUUGUCGCUCAGUUUGAUCCCGUUAGAAUGAUGUCAGAUACAAUGGCAUCGAAAGCAAGGAUGGGUAUUGGAAUUGAAGAAGAAUUUAUUCUUCAAAAGCCACUCUUUACAUUGAAUACAUACAAUGAAUACCAGGAUAACAAGAUCAGGAUAACAGCAGUGACUUACAGGUGUCCGUGGCUACCUUUCAAGCAGUUUGUACACCUAUCAGACAUCAAAGGAUCCAAGGGCUAGAGCUCCAGCAGCGGGAGGGGAUGAAUCUUACAGCAAAGGAAGGCUUAACUCGAAGGCUUUGCCUCUUCCUGUUUGGACAGUUCAGAGAUCCUCUGGGGUCCAUUAGCAAUUCCAAGCCAUCAGUUAUGGUCAGGGAAUGAAGGAACCAGAUGAAUUUGCCAUAGUCAUUUUUCAUGGUAAAUGAGAAUUAAUGUCCAUUCCUUCCAUUCAUUUGUUCAUUCAUGUAGCAAAUACUUAUUCAAUGACCAGAUGGCAGAUAUUAUUCUAAAUACUGGGGAUAUAGCCAGAAAACUACAAACAAGGUCCCAUGUUCUCAUGGCGCUUAUAUUUCUAAUGGAGAGAGAUGUUAAAUAUAUACCUCUAACUCAUUAAAUAUGUAAAAUAGUAUAUAGGUUAAUAUAUAGAGAAACCAGAGUAUAAUUUAUAGUGGUAAAUGUGAUGCAGAGAAAUGGAGUACAAUGGGUUAGUGAGUUGAGUUGAGGCCAUCAUACAAGGAAGGCUUGUUGAUGAAGUGAGAUUUGUGGAGAGAGCUGAUAUGGAAUCAUAAGAUAAGAAGUGGUAAUCCACUUGGACACAAGACCUUCUCCCCUGGGGAUGAAGAAAGAUCUAAUUUUGCAUCAAUCCAAAUUCCGCAAGUGACUCCUCUGAGUUAGAACAAUGGCUUCUAGAAGACUCUUGUUUAAAUAACAAGCUGUUUAUGAGUUGAAACCAUUAGCCAUCACCACCUUUGUAUGAAGUCAGAGUGGUUAUCUAGUCAUCUGGUGAUAUCCAAAGGACAGAAAAGGCCAUUAGAGAAGGCGGUCUGGACAGACAGGGUGGAGGUGGCCAUUAUUAACAGUAGGAACAGAAUGGUGGGGGGCUGGGGGAGCAGGGGAAUAGGCGUGAGAGGUCAGCUACAGCCUGUGGGCCCUGAGCCAUUGCUACCAAGUGAAAUGCAUUGUCCAGUGGUACUUAACCACUGAUGUCUUCUCCCUAAGUUCUUCCAUGUUAAAGCAGCCUCUUGUGAAGGCUCUCUCAGUUCCCCACAGCAAGCUUUCUGAGCUCACACAGAGCUUUUCCAAGCUUCACUGCUGUGGGGGAAGGAUGUUAAAAAGUGGUGAUUAAAGAUGGGGACAUGGUGGCAUUGUAUGCAUGGAGAUUUGACCUGCUGGUCAAUCUGCCGGGGGCACUGUAACAGGAAUUCACCUUGAAAACAGUGGCGUCUGAGGGAGAUAAGAGUCCCCAUCACCACAGAGAAAUUCAGACAGAAAUACUCCCGAGAACUACAGGAUGAGAGCUACAGAUGCAACUUGUAGUGUGAAUGUUGGCAGUCCAGAAGAGGUCGGCUCAGGGCCAGAGCUGCAGCAGAGGCUCGGAAGCUAGGUGCUGUAAGGCUGGGAUCAGCUACCUAUGGGUCCAGUGCCGCAGGGAAAAGAAAGGUCUGCAGGACUUCCAGAGCUACAGGAAGCAGGAAAGAAAAGAGUCUAGGAGAGCUCUUAGGAAGCAGGGAGAGCAAGGUCACAAGGAAUCGCAGCAAGGACAGAAAGUUCCCUCAUAACCUCUCUCUGGGGUUUUGUCAACACCCUUAAAGAGAGAUGAAUCAGGUCCAGCAUUUACAAGCCUAGAUUCUUCCUGGCUGCCAGUCAGUGCCUCUUAGGAAAGAACUGAUGGUCAUCACCAAACUUACAACCAGGGCAGCACUGUUCAGAAGGAGGCAGUUUUUGUCUAACUAAACUGGUUAUCGAUUCUCCACUUGCAUAUUACGGGGAGCCGUGGUUCAAGUGACCACUUGUUAUUUCUAUAAUAAAGAAAUGCGAGGAGCCGUUUCCUAGGGCAGACAUGUCUAAAUCCAGGUGUUCCUACAGAUGGUGUGCUGAUUGGACCGUUGGACCAUUGCUCAGGGCAAGGUGAAGACGCCACCACCUGCAGCUCUCACUCUCACUAACUUGUGGGGGGAAAAGGGUGUUAAUGAUGACCUUCUAAAGAGGAUAAGGAUGCAUUUGAAUUCUUCAUCCAUAUAUUACAGGGAUCUGCAUGUUAUGUGUAUUCUGAGAGACAUGGUGGUCCUACGAGUAAUCUCUUCAUAUGAGCUGUAACUUCUUUCUUAAAAUGUAUUUUUAGAAAUGUUACUGCAUAUAUUUGUUUGUAGUUUUAUAUAUUAUAAUUGAUCAACUAUAAGGACAAAUAUUGGAAUUAAAAUUCUACCUGUGAUUA